AUGGCCCGCCAAUUGCUUCUCCUCGCUCUUCUCUUCGCCGCCGUCCUCGGCAUUGCCUCUGCUGCCAAGGCCCCAGCCCCUGACGCCGACUCUGCCGCAGCCAAGACCCCGGCUGCUGCUCCAUCCAACUCUUCCUCCGCUGCCGAUGCACCCAAGGCCGAUGCCGGAGCCCCCGAGGCCGAUGCCGGAGCCCCCGAGGCCGAUGCCGGAGCCCCAAAGGCCGAUGCCGGAGCCCCAAAGGCAGAAGCCGGUGCUCCCGAGGCCGAUGCUGGAGCUCCAAAGGCAGAAGCCGGAGCCCCCGAGGCAGAAGCCGGAGCCCCCGAGGCAGAAGCCGGAGCCCCCGAGGCCGAUGCCGGAGCCCCCGAGGCCGAUGCCGGAGCCCCCGAGGCCGAUGCCGGAGCCCCAAAGGCCGAUGCCGGAGCCCCAAAGGCAGAAGCCGGUGCUCCCGAGGCCGAUGCUGGAGCUCCAAAGGCAGAAGCCGGAGCCCCCGAGGCAGAAGCCGGAGCCCCCGAGGCAGAAGCCGGAGCCCCCGAGGCCGAUGCCGGAGCCCCCGAGGCCGAUGCCGGAGCCCCCGAGGCCGAUGCCGGAGCCCCCGAGGCCGAAGCCGGAGCCCCGAAGGCCGAUGCCGGAGCCCCUAAUGCUGAUGCCCCUGCCGGCAGCCCUGCAUCCGGGCCGGCCAGCGAUGAGUCUACCUCCGCAGCCCCUGAAUCCGAUGCAGAGGCGUCAUCUCCACCUUCCCCAAGCGGACCUGCGGAAGGACCAGGCAGCGAGGAGGAAGCUGCUGAUGCACCGGCCCCUGAUGCUUCUGCCAGUGGAUCUUCGUUCCUGAAGAUGUCUGCUACCACGGUUGCGACCAUUGCUGGAGUCAUUGUGUUCUAA